AUUGCGCCUGAGGCCAGCGCCAGCCAUAACUCUGUCCCCACCGUCCGCCAUACCUCUUACAUCCGUCCCCUCCCUCCGUCUCCCUCAUCUGCUGAAGACGAGGACGACGACGAUCUAGCUCCCGCGUCGUUCUCCCAUCCCUCAUCUUCUUCCCCAUCCUCGCCAUGAGUUCCAUCACGGAGCAAGCUCUUGGCAAUGAUCUGUUGCAGCCACGUGGCUACAUCUCGGAGAUCCAACAAGUUCGUCAUCCACGGCUCAGUCCUGAUCUUCGACGACUCACGCAUGGAGGUGACGUGGACGAGGACCGACGAGCAUCAGGCAUGUAUUGAGUACCUGGAGCUGCUGAUUAUCCAGGCUUGGAGAACUGACGUAGAGGGCGAUCUUCUCGGUUUUCUUUUCGGAUCGGUGCGACCAGGCCAUCGCCAGCUAAUUGUCCAGGAACUCGCCGUCCCGCUCGCGCAACUGGUUGACGACCUCUCUCUCGAUAUUGUUUCGCAAAGUGACGAGAGUCCGGCUCCGCACGUCCUUACGCUGACAUUGGCACCGUAUCUUCAGUGGACUGUGUGCUUGGAGGAAUCGGGGAGUGAAAGCGCCCUGCCAUCGCGGCAGGAGUACUUGAAGUCGUCCAGAAUCAUCAAUCUCGCCUUUUAUUCGAAGCAGGAUACGUUCGAGGAGGCAGGAGAAGAAGAAACCACCGAAGAAGAGGACGACGCCGAAGAAGAAACGUCGGAGGAAAAGAGUUAUAGUGAGCACAUCGAAGGGGAGCACAGUGAAGACGAAAAAGACGAAGAAGGAGAAGAGGAAGAGGAGGAAGCCGGAUCGGAGUGGGAGGCCUUGCCGGAAGAAGCGGCGCGCACAGGCAUGGAGGCGGAAGAUCCCGAGGCGGCACCUAAGAGGGAAGAGAUCGCCGCCGGGAAAAGCCAGCUGGAGUUCGCCAGCCAGGCGAACCUGCCAGUGCGCAUCAACGACGACCCGACCAGGGAUCCAGAGCCCCCCAAACCCGAAGAUGGCGACCCAGCAACCGCGGCUCCAAGCGCAUUGCGAUGGAGACGGAGCCGAUCCCCCUCCCCCUCCACCUCAGCCCGUCCCCCAGUUCGUCCACGUACCGAUGCGGGGGAUCGGCCUUCGUCCCCGGUCAUUAUCCCGUCAUCCCCUUGAUUACCUCACCCUCUGUCAGAUCUCUACCCCCGUCACCUUCACUCG